CUGUCCAGUCAUGGUAAGGACAGUGGCUGCUCUGGGUACAUGGUUCUUCCACAAGUCUAGGUAAGAUGGUUACCAGCUGAAGUAGCAGCUGCAAAACAAGUGAUGGGUGAUCUCAGCUGACCAUGGGCACACCAAAAUGGCCUGUCACCUUGAAUUCUUCAGCUGAGAAGAGGACUCCCUUGUGCUGCUCAUGUGUCGACCUCUUGUACAGAUACCUUCAAUAAAUAUGGGAAUACAUGUAAGAUCACUGGGCACACUCUGCCAGAAUCCAGCACUGCACUCUUUUCUGUGGUUUGCUGGUUCUUAAUGCAGUCCUUCAAGCUCUUACUCAUAAAACGUGGUGUCCUGCUCACUGGAAAAAUUUUCAUCUGCUACCACUGGUGUUUCUGGGACCUGGGCCAUCUCUACUGCCUUGUGCCUCCAUGUGAAAGGCAGCAUCUUGGUGUUGUCUGCACCUAGAAGAAGAAGAGCAGCUUCUCUGAAGAUGUGGAAGUCCUGAUUUGGUGCACGUAAAAGCUUAAAACUGGCAUCUUCAAUAGUUCAGCAAGAGUCUUCAUCCAAAAGAUCUCUCAGUGACUGUGGCUUCAAUCCAUACAAAAAUCCCAAGGAUCUUUCAGGAGGAUGGAAGGAGGAAGCUCUCCCCUGGAGAGGCUCUCAGCACUGACGCUCUGGUUCCUCAGCCGUCCGUUCCACCCUAAGGGACAAUGGUGACCUCUGCUUGGUCUGAUUCAGUGUCAGUGCUCAGGAAGGGGCCCACGUGCCUCACGAUCAUCUGUCAUCCAAUGCAAGCCAGGAGGCAACUGCCCCAGCAGACACAGAGGCAUGACUAGGCAGCUCUCCCCUCUAUCUGUUGCUGAAGAUUCUGCUGCUCCCAUUCUUGAGCUGCAGAAUCGAAGUCCCUCAGGAAUCUGUCGGCACAGCAGAGUCGAGAGGCAGAGCAGAUCAGGAGAAGAAGGAACACAAACGCACACAGAGAGCAGCAGCCAAGAAGCUGAAGGACAGACACGAUGCCAGUCUUGCACAUCCACCUUUCUCAAGCUUAUCUGGAGAUUUCUGAUCAUUUUGUCUGUCUCCUCCUCCUGGGUCGGGACCACGCAGUUUGUCAAAAUCACGUAUGAGACCUUUGACUGUCCUUUUUUCAUGACUUGGUUCUCAACAAACUGGAACAUUAUGGUUUUUCCCAUUUAUUAUUCUGGGCACCUUGCAGCUGCACAGGAAAAGCAGUCUCCAAUCAAAAAAUUCAGGGAAUGCAGUCGGAUUUUUGGUGAAGAUGGUCUGACACUGAAACUCUUUCUUAAAAGGACUGCUCCCUUUUCUAUUCUGUGGACUUUGACUAACUACCUGUAUUUACUGGCUUUAAAGAAGCUGACAGCCACAGACGUCUCUGCCCUAUUCUGUUGUAACAAAGCUUUUGUCUUCUUGCUUUCUUGGAUUGUGCUGAAAGACAGGUUCAUGGGAGCAAGGAUAGUUGCAGCAAUAAUGGCAAUCACAGGGAUUGUAAUGAUGGCAUAUGCAGAUGGUUUCCAGGGUGAUUCAAUUAUCGGGGUGGCAUAUGCUGUUGGAUCAGCCUCUACAUCUGCACUCUAUAAGGUUUUGUUCAAAAUGUUCCUUGGAAGUGCAAACUUCGGGGAAGCGGCUCAUUUUGUUUCUACCUUGGGCUUCUUCAAUUUGAUUUUCAUCUCUGUGACCCCCAUCAUCCUGUAUUUUACCAAAGUGGAGUACUGGUCCCCCUUCUCUGCUGUGCCCUGGGGUUACCUGUGUGGGGUAGCCGGGCUCUGGUUGGCUUUCAACAUUCUGGUGAACGUUGGUGUGGUGCUUACCUACCCCAUUCUGAUCUCUGUUGGCACAGUGCUCAGCGUCCCUGGAAACGCAGCUGUGGAUCUGUUGAAGCACAAAAUGAUCUUCAGCGUAGUGAGGUUGGGAGCAACCAUCAUCAUCUGCAUCGGCUUUCUGCUCAUGCUGCUCCCUGAGGAAUGGGAUGAAAUAACCCUGAGGUUCAUCAACAGCUUGAAGGAGAAGAAAAGUGAGGAUCAUGCCGAUGACAUCACAGAAUCCAGUGUACACACGAGGAGCAGAAGUAGAGCUAAUGGGACAGUGUCUAUACCACUAGCUUAGGGCUGGUGGACUUGAGCUGCACACAGAUGUAUAUUCUGUGAAUAUAGCCUACAUUUCCUCACUACUUGUAUGCUUAAAAAUGACAUUUACUCUGAGCAGGAGAUCAACUGUAAGAUAAGAGAAAUACAUCUAUAAUAAAUGUUUACAUUUAUACACUUAUCAAGGAAGGGGUGUAAAUAACUACAAUAAAAUGUUUUGUAAUAAA